AUGAUACCCAAUACUUCUGAUAUAUAUACUUAUGGUCUCAAAACUGCGAAUGCUUCGAGCACAAGAUGUCGAGGAUCUGUCGUGUUGGAUAACCCUUCAGACUACCUGAAAGACUAUCAAUUGAAAGUUUGCUAUCGUAAAUAUAAGAGAAAAGGGAAUGCUGAUCCACAGAAAUGCAAUAUUAAUCUUGUCUUUUUACAUGGCAACGGAAUGAACAAGGGGUUAUGGCAUUCUCAUAUCGAUAUGAUAUAUAAGCGGUUUAAUUCAUCUGACUCUGGGGCAUUGAUCAAUACUGUCCUCGCGAUAGAUAAUGUUAACCAUGCUCAUUCAGCGGAAGUCAAUAAAACGAAGCUUGGUCGAGUAUUCAAUUGGAAUGAUGCUGCGAAGGAUGUUAUUAGGAUUAUCAAAGAAGAAGAAUACGAAGAGUACGGACGUCCUGAUUCAAUUAACAUUGUAGUGGGCCAUUCCAUGGGAGGAUUCAUUGCACUCCGUGUAUCUUAUCUAGAACCUAUACUUUUUGAUGCUUGUGUGGCUAUUAAUCCAGUUUGUAUUUUAAAUGACGAAAGCACGGCUCUAUUAAGGUCAGGUUUGAAGAGAUGGAUCGAAAAGGGUUUUAUAAAAAGCUCGUUUGAUGUGCCUGAAGGAGAAAAUUUAACAAAAGUGGUAGAAGAUUACUAUACUCAAAAGUCUUUCUUUCGUAAGUUUGACAAGACUGUUUUAAAAAAUAUGCUUUAUGAUGAAUUAAGCAAGCCAUCGAAAUCGAAUUCUGUAAAAAGUAACGACAGAGUCGAAUUGAAUACACCAUCUGACCAAGAAAUCAUUACCUAUCUUUGUGGACACGAGUCAGUCUUCCCCAAUAUGCUAACUUAUAAGCUUAUUGAAGUUCCAGUUUAUCACGUAGUUUCUGAACUUGAUAGCUCCAGCAGCAAAGAUGUAGAGAGAGCUAGAGAGUUGUUGAAAAAUGUGGUCAUACCAAUUGAAGUAAGGGGAACAAAUCACUUAAUCAACGGAGAGCAACCAAAAUUGACAGUCGAUAUUCUCCUGCUGAUUAUACGACAGAGAAUAGAUAGUUUUACUAUAAAUGGCGAUAAACGAUAUAUGGAGAAGUGGGCGAUGAAAAUCUAUGGCAACUCUUACAAACAAAGAGUAUUGAGUGACAUUGAACAAGAAAAGUUAGGUAAUGGGAUAUCUAAACUUUGA